AUGUCGUAUCUACACGGCAGCGGCGUCGGUGGUGGCAUGCCUACCACCCCUGUGCCUCACGAGGCACAGGAGAGACUGCUCCAUACGGAGCAGUCCUACGCCAGAAAGCAGCAGGAGCUGCAGAGCCUGGUCCAAACGAGGGCCUCGACGCCAAUGUCAGCCGCAGAAAGCGGCAGAAAUAGUUCGGAAAUUGCACAGCUACAGCAGACUCUGCGGCAGAUGGAGGCUGAGAUCAAUACGUUGAAGGCCACAAACCUUCGACAGAUGGCCACCAUCAAGACACAGAGUGAAGCCAUCGCCAACCCAAAGAAGCACUACGUUACGCCCGUGCGCUUUAGAGACAAUCAACCACACGGCACGAUGCCCAGUCGAGAUCUAAGCCAAGUGAUGCCGCCGCAGUCUGCCCAGUCAUACAAUAGACGUACAUCUGACAGCAUCCCUCGGCAACAACCAUACCUGGCUACUGCACCGUUGCUUCCAUCUGCACAUGAUCCACAGCCACAGCCCACCAACAUACACGACCCUUUCUGUGCAAACCGCAACGCGUCAUGGAACCAGCAACUGACAUACCAACCGCAAGGUCCACAGGUGCAGCAAUUCCCGAUGGGAUACCAUACAACACCUACAGGUCCAAGCCGCGGCAGCCACGGCAGCCACGGCACUCCAUUUAAAGCACAUGGAAGCAACCAAGGGAUGUUCGGCAGCCAGCCACAGGUGCAACAACCCUCCAAUCCACAAUCCAUGGCGCUGGUCCCGGCAUCUGUUACAACUGAGUGGAACGCGGUCAAAGCACAACUGGCAAAGGUCUGGGGCAUGGCAGAGGCAUUCUCCCGCUCACACGUCAACAUACCAAGCACGGCAAGGGACAAUGCAAUGCCCCAAAAGCUCAAAGACACUCUUCUCAAUGCGGCAACAAGGACGACAGCAUUUCAAUUCAUGUCUACCCCACUCUAUCGAUACUUCUUGGUGACAAAGGUUAUUGUGCAGUGGCUGAUGAACAAUGUCCUCAAGGUGGACAGCUUUGCUGGCUUUGACACCAACACCGACCGAGUGAUCGAGUCUUGCCGCAAUCAGAUUUAUCAAUCGACGCCUGCCCAAGUCAAGUUCCAGCUACUCACAACAAUUGGCCAGCAGAUGGCAGUCCUCCAACAGAAUCCACGGUUCGAAACGUUUCUGUUGAAGCUUGCCCGAGACCGCGGCAAUAUGCUCUGGCCCGACCUCCAAAUGAUGAUGCACCAAAAGAGCUCACGAGACUGGGAUGAUUUACUGAGUUUGAUGACCGAGGCACACAGAACGGCUCUUCUCAUGUACUCCGGACCGGAUGAGUACCGCUACGAGAUGCCACAGCAUGGACAGCCAUUCACCAAGGAGACCAUGGAACCAAGGGAUUCCUACAUGAAUGGUCACACGCCAGAACAGUUGGAGGCAAUGGGCACGACAGUACGACUGGCUUUUACACCGCAUGUUACCGUGAGGACGAAUUUGCCAAAUGGACAUGUGACAUCAAGGACCUUGCUACCAGCAUAUGUGUUGUUGAAGGUGGGCAAGUAG